AAAAUUUUAUUAGAUUUUCCGACAUUAAUACAAAAAAACGAUUAAUAUAUAUAUCCAAAUUAAAAAAAGAAACAAAAAAAUAGACUGGAAAGAGAGAACGAAGGUCCGAUAAUUUUGGUUUGGGUUCUUUUCUUUACUAUAUUUAGUCAAGUCGCCGAGCCGAGCCGAGCCGAGCCGGAUUUUACUUCUUCUUCUUCUUCUCCGGUCACACCCGCACCUUCCUCAAAAGCACACUCUCUCAUUUCAUUACUCACACCAAACCUGGAGAUUUCAGAAGAACUCUCUCAUAUAACCACAUCUAUAUUAUAUAUAUAUAUAUAUGUACGUAUAGAAUUGUCCGAUACAGUUCUAUACAAAAAAUAGUUUUGGUUUUGUCUAUGUCUCGGUCUUCAAACUACGAGUUUCAGCAAUGGUGGAACAAGCAAAGAGAGACGAACCCAGAACUCCUCCUCAAAAAACCUGACGACCCAGCUAACGGAUUCCUUAGCCUCGAGAUCCGGACUCCCACCGCCGAAUCCACGGUCGAGAAGGAGCGGACCCGCAGCGCUCGUCAACUCUCAUGGGUAUGCCUCUUGAAAUUCCAGCAAAUCGCUGGGUCGUUCGCCUGGGUUACGAACGGCGUCGUUUUGCUUCUCCGCACCGCCAACAGACGAAUUGCCUCUCCCAAUUCCCCUGCUGACUCUUCUACUUCGCGUCUCUAUAGGGUAAUCAAGGUGUUUCUGGCUGUAGUUCUGCUCCUUUUGGGGUUUGAGCUUCUUGCGUACUUCCAGGGAUGGCAUUUCAGCCCGCCCUCGGUCGGGUCGGCUGCUGUUCUCGGGUUUGUGGAGUGGGUUUACGCUCAUUGGCUCCAGAUACGGGCCAAUUACUUAGCGCCGCCGCUUCAGAGCUUGACCAAUCUCUGCAUUGUUCUUUUUCUCAUUCAGUCUGUGGAUCGAUUGAUUUUGAUGUUUGGCUGCUUCUGGAUCAAGUUCCGGGGGUUGAAGCCCAAGGCAGCCAUGGAGUAUGGGGAUUCUCCGCCGGUGGAUGAAGAGGGCAAUGAGAAUGUCGAGGAUUAUCCAAUGGUGUUAGUUCAAAUUCCCAUGUGCAAUGAGAGGGAGGUCUACCAGCAAUCGAUUGCUGCAGUUUGUGUCCAGGACUGGCCGAGGCAGAGAAUGCUUGUACAAGUCCUAGAUGAUUCAGAUGAAUUAGAUGUCCAAAUGCUUAUCAAGGCAGAAGUGCAGAAGUGGCAACAGCGGGGUGUUCGCAUAUUGUACAGGCAUCGUUUAAUACGCACGGGAUAUAAAGCAGGCAACCUUAAGUCUGCAAUGGGCUGUGAUUAUGUUAAAGAUUAUGAAUUUGUAGCAAUAUUUGAUGCGGAUUUUCAGCCUGGACCAGAUUUCUUGAAGAAAACUAUUCCCCAUUUCAAGGGAAAUGAUGACAUCGCAUUAGUCCAGACAAGAUGGUCUUUUGUGAACAAGGAUGAGAACUUGCUCACUAGACUGCAGAACAUAAACUUGUCAUUCCACUUUGAGGUUGAACAACAGGUCAAUGGUGUGUUUCUCAACUUUUUUGGUUUUAAUGGUACUGCUGGUGUAUGGAGAAUCAAGGCUCUGGAGGAUUGUGGUGGCUGGCUGGAACGAACUACUGUUGAGGACAUGGACAUUGCUGUCCGUGCUCAUCUUUGCGGAUGGAAGUUCAUUUAUUUGGAUGAUGUUAAGUGCCUUUGUGAACUUCCCGAGUCCUAUGAGGCAUACAAGAAACAACAACAUCGCUGGCAUUCUGGCCCAAUGCAGUUGUUUCGCUUGUGCUUUUUCGAUGUAAUUCGUGCUAAGGUUAGUUUGGCCAAGAAAGUAAAUUUGAUAUUUCUGUUCUUCCUCCUGCGAAAGCUUAUUCUGCCGUUCUAUUCGUUCACCCUCUUUUGCAUCAUUCUUCCAUUGACCAUGUUCCUACCAGAAGCUCAAUUACCGGCAUGGGUUGUUUGUUAUGUUCCUGGAGUAAUGUCUAUCUUGAAUAUUCUUCCAGCACCGCGGUCUUUUCCAUUUAUAGUCCCCUUCCUCCUCUUUGAGAACACCAUGUCAGUAACGAAAUUUAAUGCUAUGAUAUCAGGAUUGUUUCGGUUCGGAAGUUCCUAUGAGUGGAUAGUUACCAAGAAAUCAGGAAGAUCAUCCGAAACAGAUCUAGUAGCUUUCGAGAAGGAAUCUGACCCCCUUGUCAAAACCACCUCACUCUACAGGUCAUCUUCCGAAUCAGGCAUUGAUGAACUGAACAAAUUAGAAGUAUCUAAAAAAUUGGGGAAGUCGAAAAAAAAUCGCCUAUACAGAAAGGAACUUGCUCUUGCUUUUAUACUGUUGACUGCUUCAGUAAGAAGCUUGUUGUCUGCCCAAGGAAUCCACUUCUACUUCCUGCUAUUUCAAGGAAUCACUUUUCUAGUUGUAGGUCUUGAUUUGAUCGGAGAGCAGGUGAGUUGACCAUUUUUGCUGUUCUGGGUAGUUUUGAAAGCUGUCUAUCAACUGCAAUUUCUCUUGGUGCAAGACAACUUUGGGAGUUUUGGAACACAUUCGAAUCUGCUGCUUAUAAUACCACAAGAGCUGCUGCAUUAUUCUACAUGUGAUUAGGUGCAAGCUCGCUCAAUUGAAGCAGCCAAAUUUUUUGCUUGCACAGUUUUAUAGUCUAUAUAAUUAUACCUUCUUGGUAAAGACAUACACUUGGGUGAGCCAAUGUUAUCAUACUGAAUUGAAUAGUCUCUAACUGAAGAGACUUUUGAUUGGAUUUUUUUUAAGACAGGCUUAUUUAUAUGCCUUUUAAAUAGGCUACAUACAUUUGCUUGCCCACUCCAAAAGAGGCAAGCCUCAGAUUAUCUCAAUGGGUCAUUCUUUGUAUUGUCUGUUGAUAGAGACUGUGCAGCUUCUUCAUAUAUUAAAUUCGUUUAUUGUCCUGAAA